UAAAACAAAGAGAGAAUGAUGAUGAUGAUGUCGGCAUCCACCGACUGCAGCAGCAGCAGCAUGCAGGGAUCGAGCACGAGUUCCGCCUCGAGUGAUGUGAUGACACUGACGACGACAGCUGCCUCCUCGUGGUGUGCGAUUCCCUCCAGCACACGGCUCCGUCUGGUGCGUCUGGUACGGCCGCAUCAGAGACGGUUGCUGGUGGUACCGGAGCUUAGUGCCACCUAUGGAUUUGCGGUGCGUGGGGGCAAGGAACAUGGCAUUGGAUUCUUUGUCUCGCACGUGGAGCACGGCGGCGAGGCACAGUUGAAGGGACUGCGCAUUGGCGAUCAAAUCUUGCGCAUCAAUGGCUAUCGACUGGAGGAUGCGGUGCACAAGGAGUUCAUUCAAUUGGUGGCUAGCCAGGAUCGGGUCACGCUCAAGGUGCGAGGAGUGGGCAUGCUGCCUGUCAAGGAUCAGCCGGAUGAGCGUCUGUCCUGGAACGUGGUGAAGUUGCCCAGUGUGAGUGGCACGCCCUCGGAGAGCUCCUUUAAGACGAGCAACGAACGGGAUCGGGAACGAGAGAGAGAGCGGGAUCGGGAGCGAGAUCGAGAGCGUCGCAAUGCCAGUCGGGAUAUCAAUGUGGUGCUGCAUGUGGCACCACGCACCAAGCUGGGAUUGGGCAUCUGCAAGGGACCCGAAUGGAAGCCGGGCAUCUUUGUGCAGUUCACCAAGGAGCGGAGUGUGGCACGUGAGGCGGGCUUGCGACCAGGUGAUCAAAUACUCAGCGUCAACAGCAUCGACUUCUCCGACGUGCUCUUCAGCGAAGCGGUUGCCGUGAUGAAGGGCUCCAGCAAACUGGACAUGGUGGUGCGCACCGCCGCCGGCUGUGAUUUGUUUCCCGGCGAAUCGAGUGGUUACAAUAGCUCGGCCAGCAGUGUAACUGGCGAUCAGAGUCCCUGCUGGGCGGAUGCCAAGUCCAAGCGCCUGACAGCGGUGCGAGAGGAGCCACUGCCACUCAAGCAGCUCAACAAGACAAUUAUCAAGCUGACCGAGAAUGGCACCUCCAUCAACAACACUUACAUCUCCUCCUCCAGUCAGGAUCAGGCUCCAAAUCACUCGGAGCAGCAGUCGAUCAGUCGCAGCACAACAAUACGACGUGGUACAAGCGCUAUCAGUGGCAAUUGUCAAGUGGCAACAACCACAAUGUCACCAGCACCACCACCGCCAGCAGCACCGCUGAACAAUGCAAACAGCAACAACAAUGCGAGCAACAACACCAGCAACAACAACAACAGCAGCCUCUCCAGUGCCAUAAACGAGGAGCUCAAGAAACGCAAAGAGAAAUUGCAACAGGUGCAGCAACGCAGCAACCACACGAGUCGCGAUCGCGUUGCAAGUGGUUCAGGAAUCGGAAUCGGAGCAGGAACUGGAAACGGAGUAGGAAUUGGAGUUGCAGUUGCAGUUGGCGUUGCAAGUGAAGAGCGUCCACACAAUGGCAGCCGCAACGUUGCACAAGUGUCACAUAAACGUGAACGCAACAAUAGCAACACAGGCGCCAAUUGUGUUGGUGGUGCAGCAGGUGGUACAGCAGGUGGUACAGGUGGUGCAGCGGGUGGUGCAGCGGGUGGAGAUCAACAUACCGCGCUGAUGGAUGAAUUUAAGCGCGCUCAUCAGCGCAUGUUCAGAAACGGGUUCCAUGAGAGCGAGCACAAGGAACGCGGUGAGACGCUGAAACGCACCUCAUUUAUGCCCGAUGAUAGUUGUUAUCGUAACAACAACAACAACAGCAACAACCACAACAACAACAGCAACAACCACAACAACAACCACAACAACAACGGAAGCAAUCGCAUGUCUCUGUUUAACGGCGCUAGCAAUAACAAUGCCAAUGGAUCGACGGAAUUGCCACCACCGCCCCCGCAGUUUGCCAAUUCACAGCAACAACAACUACAACUACAACAACAAAAGCAACAACAGAAGCUGAGCCUUUCCAAUGGCGCCAGCAGCAGAACGUUGACGUCGACGUCAACUGCGACUGCGACUGCGGCUGCGACGUCGGCGCCGCUGCUGCUGUCGCCCGUGCGCAGUCCGAGCAAAAAUGUGGGCGUAUUGCGUGCACCUGCCACGCCCCAGCCGGACUAUGAUGUUGCCAAUGGCAAAACAGCAGCAGCAACAACAACAAAUGGUAGUCAGCAACAACAGCAACAACAACAGCAACAACAACAACAACGACGCACAUUGCGUUUGGGCACGGUGACAAUUGGGGAGUACGGGGAGCAGCGGAGCAAGCGGGAAACACUGCGAAAGUUGCCAUUGAAUGGGAGCGAGGGUCAAUCGAACGGUAUACUCAAGAAUGGCAGUCGCAGCAGCGCCAGUUUCAGCAGCAACAACAACAACAACAGCAGUAACAACAUCAGCAACAACAAUCGCCAACAACAACAAUCACAACACACAGAAAAGUCCAUAAAAUUUGGCAAUUAACGCUCAACAUAACUGUAAUUUGUGCAAUAUGCUAAUAUUUUUAUUAUUAAUAUUAUUAUUUGUAUUAUGAAUAUUCUUAUAUUAUUAUUAAUAUAAUUAUAACUAUUUUUUUUCUAUAUUGUAAACGUUUUUUUUUUUUCUACGAAUUUGUUGAAUAUUUGUUAAUGCUAUUUAACAAUUAAUGUUUAGCUACUAUUAUUUAAUGUACGUAAUUAAACUAAUUAAUUAUACUACAUAUAUAUUAUUGUAAACAUGUAUUAAUAAUGAU